GGGCUUUUUAAAUUUGUUCCCAGCCCGGUUCAACUUGCAGUCGGUCCUUUUCCAUGCUUUCGCUUAUAACGGAGUUGCAUUACAGAAUCUGAGUGAGGCAUUUUAGCAAACAGAUUGCGUGAGGCGUUUAUUGCUCUCAACUCUACCGAAAGCUAAGACAGCGCUCUUCCCAGACUUCCUUGUUGCAGGAUUGCAUAUCUAGGAGAGGGGAACUCAUCUAUAACUACAACUACAACUCUGUUCUGAAUAUGCAAAGCAUUAAAAAUGCCAUCUUGUGGCAUGUCAGAGCAGGGGGGUCAGCUGAUACACUAUUCGCUGCAAAGGGGAAUAUGCUGAAACGGCUAAGCUGUCAGAUGUGCACAUCAACUGGAACCAACACUGAUCAAAUAAUGGGUCGAGUGAUUGGACUAGUUAAGAAAUUUGAUAAAAUUGAUGCCUCUAAGGUUACCGAAACAGCUGAUUUCCAAAAAGACUUGAACCUAGACAGCUUAGAUCGAGUAGAGCUUGUUAUGGCUUUUGAACAAGAGUUCUCCAUUGAAAUUCCCGAUGAGAAGGCAGACAAGUUGACUUGCUGUGCUGAUGUUGCUAAAUUUCUAGUUAAAGGGGCUGAGCAGAAGUCUUGAUCAGCAUUUUGAAUGGAAUGUUCUUCAAAAGCAAUGCAACCCUUUAAGGAUUUUGUUUACCUGGUUUUCUGUAACUAAUCUUAAAAUUAAAAUGUUGCUUGUCCUCCUUGUUUGAGAUGUUUCCAUUCAUGUUUAAUAUUGUGACUUGUAAGAUUUUUACGAUAUGCAAAAGCCAUUUCUUUCAUUAAGAGAUAGCUCAUUAUCUAAUAAUGAUGGUUUGUUGCGUGGAAGAA